ACACCCACAGCUCGGUAACCUCAGGAGGCUCUGGGAAUGGUCGAGAGCAUGCCAGCAAAGACGCUCUUGAACCUUCCAAUCCCAUUGUCUUGAUGGGCUGUGGGACCAGAAAUUCUAGUUCUGCCUCACCCUGGUUAAUCAGUGAUGAACUCUAGCCACACAAAAAAAGCUAACUUCUCCCUUUAAGCUUGACUCCUUGACUCACAGCCUAACUCCUGACCUUGGGGUCGCGGGCCUUCUAAAGUAAAGGAAAACCAGGAUGAAACAAUGAGAUGUCCGCUUUGACGGUGCGGUGAGCACACACGGCGGGGACUUGGGUAUUGGGGUAGAAGCUGGUGGAGGAAGGGCAAGUGUGAGGCCUGGAGCUGGAGGUUCUCUGCCAAAGAGCCCCAUGUGUAGCAUGCUUUCUCCGUGGAAAAUGCUCACGUCUCCUGCUGUGGAAUCUGGGAGAAUGGACCAGCUGUUCGAGGAGGGAUGGUGUGAACCAAACGGACAAGCACUUGGUGCCAAGGAAGCAGGAGGAAGCUGACAAACACCAGCUCACUUAAUCCUCACGACAGCCUAGUGAGAUGGGGUGUGGUUAAGGUUUUUAUUAUGGAGGAGGAAAACGGGGCUCAGAGCAGUAAACUGUCGGGCCUGAGGUCACAGGCCAAUCACUGGUGCUGUGGGAACUAGGAACCAGGUUUUCUCACCUAAAGCUCAGAGCUUGUCCCACUCCUUCCCCUGCCUCGCAUGCUGUCUAAAUACGCCUUGUGGACACUCCUCUUAGGGAUCUCUCUUCAGCUGGAAGGAUUAAUUAACUCAAAGGGCUGACAGGAGACCCACUGAGUUGUUGAUACCUGCAAGGCAGUGGCCAUGUCUCAUUCAUCUUUGUGUCUUUGACAGGUAGCACACAGUAGGUGCUCAAAAUAAGUACCCUGAACUGCCAAACCCAUUUGCAGAUAGAGAACUGUGGCGACCAAGACCCCAGCAGCUCUGAGAAGUCUAGUUGAAACGGCUGGAGCUCAGGGUUCUAAGCCAUGCUGUCUACACCCUGGCAUGGGGCGGCGUCUCCCCACCUGGAAAUUCAGCUCAGGCCUCAGUGCAGCCAGACGCACGCUAGCACCUUGCAAGCAGGCCGGAGGUUCCUGUCCUUCCCAACUACUCCAGGCACUUUUGCCAAUCUAUGGGGAGGAGAGGGUGCUUUUGGUCACAGGCUCCUCUCCUAAGUGUCUAUUCUUGCUGAGCCUUCCUAAGAGGAACUGAGAUUAGAGUGAACAUUUUCUUCUGUUGAAAAAAGUGAAAGUGUUAGUCACUCAGUCAUGUCCGACUCUUUGUGACCCUGUGGACUGUAGCCUGCCAGGCUCCCCUAUCCAGGGAAUUCUCCAGGUAGGAAUACAGGAGUAUCCCUUCUCCAGGGGAUCGUCUCAACUCAGGGACUGAACCCAAGUCUCCUGCAUUGCAGGUGGAUCUCUGCCCUGCCCUGCUGAGUCCUGGGUCACAGGGAGCAUUUCUCUGUAUUGUGGUUUCAAGCAGAGAUGUCUCUUCUGAGCCAACUACCUCAAUAAGCCAGAUGGUGAGAGUCUUUGGAGGUAGGAGGCAGCUGUGGGAAGAGUGGAAUCUCCACCUUUGGAGAGCCCCAGUCUUCACCCCUGUAACUGGCCCUAACCCACGUGCAGGAAAAGCACCUCUGCGGGUCUGAUUAGGGCAUCUCUGGGACACCGGGCACAGAGCCCGCUGAUUCAGGCUGGCUGACUUGCCGGUGCAGACCCACCACACCAGCAGGAGGUCCUUGCCCAUCCGACAACAGGGGUAUCAACUCGAGUCUUCUCCUGAGAGUGUAAAUCCUGCCAUGUUAUCCACUUUCGCAUAAUUUACCUAUCAUGUCCCACAUUCUUCAAAGUUUUCUUUGAUCAUGAACUCUUGAAAACUAGUGCAUUUAAUGACUUCCCCCCAAACCAGAAAGUAUUUGGGCCACCAUGAAGCUAGAGUGAGUGUUCAAGAGAGGUAGGCUGGGGAAGAAGGCCAAUCCCCACCACUUCUGGGCUCAUAGUUCUGUGGCUGCUGCUUUGUUUAAUGUGAACUUUCAGAGCAGACACAUUCAUUUCUAAAAGUGUAAGUACCUGGCAAAGAAGCUUGUAAACUGUAAGCCCCUUUAUCAUAAUUAUUGAGGAAACGGUCUAAUAAACAUAACUUUCUGACUAAGCACCAUUUUAGAUUUCCUGUACUUCUUGCUUCUCUACCCGUCAGAACGUAUAUGCUGAAUUCUUAAGUAAUUUAAAGAUAGCCCAUCACAUACUCUCUUCACAAUUCUCUGAAGUCUUCUGGUAAAUACAUCCUGUCUUUAUAAUAAAAUAAGCUCCUCGAUGGGCUGUAGCAUCUUAAGUGAUACUUUUGGUCUACAAUGCUCAGCAUAGGGCCUUGCACAAUAGCAGGCAUUUAGCAAAUAGUUUAAUUGAAUUGACUUUUGACAUGAAUGCAUAAAACUGGCUGCAUUAGGAGCUAACAUCUCAGAGAAACUGUUCUCCAAGCCCUUUUCCAUUUACAAAAGUCAUUCAAAACCCCCUCCUGCGGGAGUGGUCCACAGGGGCUCUUGAGGUCAGACUGGGAGGAAGGGCCAGCCUCCAAUGCAGGCCUCUCCCUGGGGCUUCCUUCAUUUCCCUAUCCGAGGGGUGUGCAGCAAGCCCUUUUCCUGCUGAAAGCAUUAAGACUGCACACACUGUCAGGACUAGAAGCGUGGUGGUUCAGAAAAUAACAGUGACGGUGGAAAGGAAGGUAACUGGACCCCAACCAGGUGACCCUCCCAAGAGCACCCCCAGCAUGCACACAGUCAAGCAGAGAGGAACAUCUGGAGCCAACAUCAUCCAUAAGAAAGACGGUGUCUUACCUGUCCGAGAAAGGGGCUCGGAAAGCAGGUGGGAAACAAACGAGAGAGAGACACGUUUUAUGUAGUGACCGACCACGUGGGGAGUGUCGUCUCCUGUCUGGGCCACCGGCGACCACACACAGAGACAGGUGCCCUGCCGUGAGGCACCCAGGAGGACCGGGUGCCUGUAUGCUUUUUAAUAACCAGAUCAAAACAUAUUUUAAAAACUCCCAACAGGCACUGAUGUAGCCUCCUGUAUUUUCCCCAAUAUUCUGAGCCCCCAUUGCAUUAGGUAUAUCUGAAGUUCCUAGCUGGCGGCAGGAGGAAUGGAAUGGGCCAGGGCAGGAUGAAGUUCUAAGUCUCCUGGAUCCUGUGUGCAUCACUCCUUCCUUUGUUGUCUCAUUUCCACAUGUAAGUCACUAGAUUUAAGACCAGGAAGAUGGUCAUUCACUCCAAUCACAUCAAUUAACAGAACGGGAAAAGCAGGUGGCAGAGAGGUAUGCCUCACACCCACAGGGAGCUAAACGGUAGAGCCAAAUUUAGAACUCACACAGGCUGACUCCUUGAGCCCUGAUCUUUCUGCAGGCCACAAGAGCCAACUGAAAUUGCCAAUACCUUACAGUUGCCAAGGUACAUAGUAUCAGUUUGCAUCCCAACGUGUUCUAACAUUCCAGGCCAGGCUGUGGAGGCAGCGUGAGGAAAGCAUGUUCUCCACAUUGCCCCCGGCAAACGUUUGAGUGUUGUGAACAAACACGGACAGAAGGACAACUCCGGGCUCCACACGCAGUCGCUCACUCACACUUGGUCCACACACAGAGGGGUCGGUCCACUGCUGCUUACAGAGUGGACCAGAUCUUUCCCACACUGCACAAACAUAACCACCUUUACAUCUAAAGCCCCGUAUGCAUCUCAUGGUGAUGAUCGAGAAGGGGGCACCUUCAACUCACCCAUCAACCCUCUAGCAGGCUACCCAGGCUGCUAUGUGACAGAAGUGAAGCAAAGAAAAGAGGCAACCUUGCCACUCUGAAUUCAUAACCUCAUGGGAAAAUAGCUUAUAAUGAGCAAAUGGUGUUGAGUAAGCCACCCAUUUAUGUUUUAGUCAUUUGCUAAAAAGAGAUAGCACCAACCAUUUAAAACAGUAUCUGGUCCCUAUUCUUGGGGAGAACAUAUUGAGUAUUGAGGCACAAAGGAACAUUAUGUUUGUAACUUACCUUCAAAUACCUCAGGGGAAAAAAAGUAUACAUGCAUAGACAGAGAGAGAGGGAAUUGAUAAAGCAAAUGGAAUAAAAUGUUAACAAUAGGAAAAUCUAGAUACAGGGUGCAUGGACGUUCUCUGUACUAAUUUUAUUUUUGCAGCUUUUUAUAAGUUUGAAAUUAUUUCCAGAGAAAACUAUAAAAGAACACACCAUAUCCCAAACCAGAAGCUAAAUUAAAACAACAAAGAUAUCUGGUGGCAGACAUUGGGCAGAUGAAAAAGGAAAUAAGGAGGUCACUCAGAGAAGACAGAGAACCCCAGAGUUGGGGGCAGUGACAGCGACGUGGAAAAGGGACAGCAAAGAGCAGAUGGGGGAGCAGACAGCAUCGCGACCGGGUCUCUCCUGCAGGCCUGCAUCUCUCUGGACAUUCCCAACUAAGACAGGCCACUGAGGAAUGCCAAGUCACAAAAAUCUUGAAAAGCUUUUAUCUUGAUUGCACCAGACCCCAUCCAUAUUUGAGGGGCCCCUUACUGGUGAGUGGAAUCAUGUGGUCUUCCUGUGAUGUCACUUGCGCUCGGAAUGUUUAUCGUCUGGACAACCCAACCAGCCUCUGGGGAGCAGGUGUGCGUGACCUCCGUACCCUUCAGUAGUCAGAAUAUGGAGAACUUCUCACUCCUCAGCAUUUCUGGAGCUCGAAUCUCUUCCCCUGCCCUGAGCACUCUUCCUGAUUUUAUGUCCUCACGUGCCACCAGCUUGCCAGACAUCGCAAAGACUGUGUUACCCGCUGAGGUGUCCAGCCCAGUUCAGGCCCUGCUAGCCCAGUACCCAGGCAGCGUUCUCCGGCACGGGGUGCACAACAUAGUGCUCUCGCCAGACUGCAUCUUGGGGGACUCCCCAAAUGGAGAGCAGCUGAGGUGGGACUGCACCAUCUACCGGCCCUGGUUCUCCCCUUACAGCUACUUUCUAUGCAAGGACAGAGAGAGCCACCUCGAGACCUACAGCUUCCCGGAGGUGCAGCGGGACGAGGGUCAGGGGGACAGCUGCCUCCCGGACGACACAGGCGAGAGCAUCUGCUCAUCCUCUCCCUCCCCAGACAGCACCUGUCCCCGAGAGGCCACCAGGAAGUCCAGGUGCGGCCCAGACUCCACAGACUCCAUCACCUCCCAGGACAUCCUGACGGCCUCCAAGUGGCACCCGGCCCAGCAGAAUGGCUACAAGUGUGUGUCCUGCUGCCGUCUGUACCCGACACUGCACUCCCUCAAGAGCCAUAUCAAGAGGGGCUUCAGGGAGGGCUUCAGCUGCAAGGUGUACUACCGUAAGCUCAAAACCCUCUGGGGCAAGGAGCCGAAGGCCCGGCCAGGAGACAGGCUCUCCUUGGGCAGUGGCCAGGCCUUCCGGUAGGCCGCUGGACAGCAGCGGCUGCCUUGUUAGUGGAUGACGCCAGGUAAAUAGGGGACGAUACCUAUUUAUGUCUCUGUGGAGAUGUCAAUAAACCAAAGUCAGUGACGGCCUUUUAUUAAGUGUGAGGUCACCCUGUACCCCACCCUUCCCAGCCCCUGGUCCCCAUCCCGUUUCUCUUCUGCUGCUGGUUGCCUAGCAACACCAGGCCCAUCUCCCCGCCUCUUUGUUUUGAAAGAAUACCCAAAGUAUGAGAGUAUCUUCCAAGAUGGUGGUUUUUCAAAGUGAGGCGCGCAGACCAGACGUGUCAGUGUCCCCUGGGAAUUUGCUACAAAUUAAAUUCUCAGACCUACUGAAUCAGAACACUGCAGGUGGACCCCUCAGUCUGUGCUGUAACUGCCCUCUAGGUGAUUUUGAUGCAACUCGAGUAUGAGAACCACCGCUCUAAGACCCUGACCGCCCUGCUGCUCCCUGUGAUCAGUCCUGUCCCCGCGCCGUGGGGAACCUCACAUGGAGGGAGAAGGGGUGAAGGCCCUUUCCUGUCAGCCUGGGGAAGGUUGCAUCAGCAGAAUCUGCAUGCAGUUUAAAAGCUUCUUAGGUGUUAGAUCUUCUGAGGGAUGGAAUGGGAAGGCCAUGCCUCACACAUAAGCCAGAAGAGAAGCAAAUAAGGCUGGGGCCCAUUCUUACCACGUUUACCAUGAUGCUUCUCUUGGAAGGGACAUCUCUGGCUGAAGUAGGUCAUUUUUGACACAUGGGACAUCUUUACGUAGCUCUGUUGAGUCAUGGCAGAAAGGCCAGGUUAAACAUGUGAAAACACUGCUUCUAGUACCAAGGAAUGUCCCAGCAGAUAGGCCUGACCCUUAUUCCAUUUUUGAGCAAACCUCACAGCCCAUCCUGACACAGAAAAACGGAUGAGCACUGAGUGGGCAGCAAGGACACCUGUUUUGCCCAUUAUGUGGUGGAAAAAGAAAACAGAGCUUAAUGCUCGAUAGUCUUAUUUUUAGGCUGUAUUUACCUCUCACUUCAUCUCCUUAGUGACUCAGCGGGCUCCUUCACUGCAGGGGGGUGGGGGCGCAUUUCCUUUUGGGGACCCUGGCACCAGCCCUCCCCUUGUCUCUACCUGCCCACUGGUUGGCCAAGGUGGGGAGGAUCUCCUCUGACCCUUCCCGUGGUCAUACGGUAAGUCCUUCUGAAGCCCCACAUUAUGGUUUAGCAAAGCUGCUUCUGCUGAGCACUGUCCUGUUCAAAUACCAUCUGUGGUUCCUUUGUGAGAGAGAGAAACUGGACUCACGGCCCCACCACG